GUUUCAGUUUGAUGCCAUCGACUGAAGAGAAUCUUUUUGUUUAUGUGAUUUAUUUUGGGAAUUUUCCUUAAGAAUUAAGGACCAAGAGAUGCUGGACGGGUGGUACUGUCGUACAAUGGCUAAUCAACAGGCCGAGAACGACAUGAAUGACAUUGAAGAGGCUUCAAGUGAUGAGGAGAGUGUCAAUCAACAUCCGUCUGUUGACUUCAAGGCUCAGUACAUGAUGCUGAAGAAGAAAUUUAAGUUUCUCAUCUAUGAGAAUGAAUUCCUCCAGGAUUCCCUGAGAGUCACCCAGAGACGUUUUCUCAAAGCUUCGCGGGAUAAAUCUUUCCUGCUGGAUAAACUCCUGCAGUACGAGAAGCCAGAACUUACGUCAUCAGAGAGUGAAGAUACAGACACAUCUGAGGAUGAAACCACAAGAUCUGACCAAGUAAAGAGGAAGAAAUUGGACGGAAUUAGUACCGGAAGUAAUUCAAUACAGUCCAGAAAUUCAAAUGUGCAACCAAAGAGGAAGAAACCCGUCGCGAAAAAGCCUCAAAUUCACGUCACGGGAUCAACAUCCAGCCUCCCAUCGGAUGGCCACAUGACAGCUGAGGAGAUUGAGAGGCACCUCCAGUCCCGGCAUUCCCUCAUGGAGCUCCUCCCGGAAACCCCAACAGUUCCCCAUGAGAUGUUCAGCAAUGAGCCAUCCCUUGACAGCUUCUUUUGCAGUGAAUCCAAUGAGUGUGGCAUAGAAACCUCCCCGAGUAACAUUGGAGACAUUGAUUAAACAAUAAAUUGUAAUAUUUAUGAAGAAAA